UUAAAGCCCUAUUCGAUGCUGACGCCCUGCCAACAGUGAUCACUGGUACCAGUGCUGGCGCCCUUAUCGCUGCACUGGUCGGAGUGAGGAAGGAUGAUGAGCUUUCGCAAGUGCUUAGUCCUAGGCUUAGUACACGUCUUACUGCGUGUUCUGAACCCUUUCCUGAAUGGUUGAAAAGAUGGUGGAAAUCAGGUGCUCGAUUUGAUGCAGUCGAUUGGGCAAAAAAAGUUCAAUGGGUUACAAAAGGAAGUCUCACAUUUAGGGAAGCGUACGAAAGAACAGGAAGAAUUCUUAAUAUAUCCGUUAUACCUUAUGAUCCACAUUCGCCUCCAAAAGUUUUAAAUUACAUUACUGCACCUGAUUGUGUCAUUUGGUCUGCAGUAAUUGCAAGCGCCGCUGUUCCCGGAAUUCUUAAUCCUGUGGUCUUAAUGCAAAAAUUGAAAAAUGGCACUUUAGUUCCAUACAACUAUGGUCAUAGGUGGAAGGAUGGUUCUUUACGCACCGAUAUUCCCGUUCAAAUCCUUAACAUGCAUUUUAAUGUAAAAAACACCAUAGUCUCUCAAGUGAAUCCACAUGUUCAUUUGUUCUUUUAUGCUCCUCGAGGUUCAGUUGGUCGUCCUGUUAGUCACCGUCAUGGGAGAGGAUGGCGUGGAGGCUUCCUUAUAGCUAGUAUGGAACAAUAUUUGAAGUUGGAUCUUAGUAAAUGGUUGAAGUGGGUCAGAGAUCUCGAAUUAUUGCCGAAAAUAGCUGACCAGGAUUGGAGCUCAAUCUGGUUGCAGAAGUUCGAGGGAAAUAUCACCAUCUGGCCAAAAUCAAAUAUUUGGGAUUUCUGGUACAUUCUUUCUGACCCCUCUUACGAGAGACUUUCUCAGAUGAUCACAGCUGGGCAACGAGUUACCUGGCCUAAACUUCAUAUGAUUUCAAAUCGAUUGAGAAUUGAGCGCGCGAUUCAAGGUGGUCGGGCGGCGUUGAAACGAGAAGAAAGAAAACAGCGUCGUAGGCUUCAUAAUCAACAAGGCAUUGAUGAAGGAACAAGUCUAAAUACCAAUGAAUUACCUCAAGGUAGAAUAGAAGGUGGUGAAAAUAGUCAUUCCAGUGAUCUAGACGAAUCUGAAGAAAUAAUGUUCUCACGACCCGAAGGAAUAAUUGAUAGUGACAGCGGAAGCUCUACCAACGAUAAUAGAAACGGCGUUUGCGAAAGUUCUUCACUUGGAGAGUCAUCAACGGACACGUCAACUUCUUCUGAUUCAGAUGGCGUU